AUGUUAAAAAACAACACUCUAUUAUCUUUAUCAUUAACAAUGCAACCAUUUCGAACACGCGCUGCUACUGUUCGAAGAAAUGUGAAACAUAAUCAAGAAAUUCAUCUUAUUACAAAUCCACAAGAUCGAAUCGAACAUUUAAGUCAUUAUCCACAAUCACAUUUGCAUCAUGGCAUGAGUCAAUACUUAUUACAUUCUAAUUCAAAGUGGAAAAUCGUUCGUGAAAAUAUACAUAGAAUUCACUGGUUGCCAGUAAUAAAAACCGCUGAUCCAUAUCAAGAGUGCUAUAUAUUUUUUCAAAUGAGACGCGAAUUAAAACGACUUGAACCACAAAUAAAAAAUGUUGCCUGUUUACCCUAUUUCAAACCGGUACGCCAUUUUCGAUUAGCGAUAGAUGAAACACAUCAACAAGUACACGAUACUUCGCAAGUAAAACCAAACGAAGUCCUCCACUAUUCAAUUAUUGGUAAAGAACCUAUCGUAUUACAAUAUAUGCUCUAUUAUUUUAGUCAACGUCCAGUUCCCUAUAAUAGCGUAUUCCACCCUUUUUUAUGUAACGUCACAUCUGUUAUUAAAACAAAUCGUAGACGUUUGAAGCAUAAACAAAUAUUAAACAAUUUUGUGCUAUUAGGCUCAAUAAUAGUCUAUAUUUCAAUUGGUUUCAUGUUUUUGGUGCUACUUAUUAAUGUGUUAAGUACAAUAUCAAAACUUAGUACGUUAAGUAAUUUAUAUGGUGAAAAUUUUUAUUCUGACUUUUAA